CUGUUGCUUUUUGUCUCAUCACAUACCAAAUACUACACCUACAAAUCACAUUGAUUUGUUGAAUGAGAUUUUGUAACUUUGUAGUAUUUUUUAAUGAAAAUUUUAAGUUCACGCUAACUAAAUUCAUGCACAGUAAUCAGUCAUACCAAUCGUGCAUCUUGUGUAACAUGUCUGUAAACUUGUGCAGCCAAAAAAUUAAUCUAUUUAUUAAUUGUGAUGAGUUCCUGCAAAACAUUUGACACACUGCAUCAUGUCUUCAGACUCCACAGCUGCCCUGCACAUGGCUGGGACCCCCGCAGUUUCUGACUCAUACCAGCAGGCCUGCAUCAGGAUGACGCUGGAGAAUGCUGAUCUGUGGAAGUCCUUUCACAGAAUAGGCACUGAGAUGAUCAUAACAAAGCAUGGAAGGAGAAUGUUUCCACACUGUAACAUCAGUCUCUCUGGGCUCCAGCCUUUUGCCAGCUAUGUCCUGAUGGUGGACAUGGUUCCUGCAGACAGCUUCAAGUAUAAGUGGAAAAAUGAGCAGUGGGAGGUUGCAGGAAAGGCAGAGCCCCAGCCCCCACAUCGGACAUAUACACACCCAAACUCUCCUGCAACAGGAAAUCACUGGAUGAAGCACCCAUUGUCUUUCCUCAAGAUGAAGUUGACUAACAACAUCUUGGACCAGCACGACCAAAUCAUUCUGCACUCCAUGCACCGUUACUACCCCAGGUUUCACGUGAUCCAGGCCGACAGUCCUUAUACCGUCUGCUGGGGUCCCUUCCAGACCUUUUCCUUCCCGGAGACAGCCUUCACAGCAGUAACAGCUUACCAGAACUCAAAGAUAACCAAAAUGAAGAUCGACAACAACCCCUUUGCUAAAGGAUUUAGGGAGGGUGGCACCCACUCCCACGGCAAAAGGUGUCGUUCAACCAGGAGUCCUCCUAAAAACACAGACACACCUGAGAGGAAAGGUCAAUGCAAAAGUCUUUCAGGCCUGCAGAGGACGGCCUCCACCUCCCGGUCAUCUGAAGGAAAGAAGACUCCAGGCUCCAAGGACGACUUGCUGAAGGAUGGUCGCAUGACGGCUUGGGUUCCAGAGCAGGACCCGUCUGAGAGUCUCCAUGCCGAGUCCCUGGAGCUGAAAGAGUAUGACUACAGCUGUGCUGAACAGAUGGUGCCAGCGUCCGCCACUUACCCGCCCUACAGAUCUGUGGAAUAUGGCGCGUCUGGUGAUGUUGACACCCUCGCCCACUCUGCUCCUCAUCUGCUGUCUCCAGCUGAACAUGGCCUCCAACAACGUGGCUACCAUCACCAUGGCAACGCAGUAGACUGGAGCCAGUGCCCACUCUUCUCUUACUCUUGCUGGUGAACUUUAACC